AUGGCAAACAAUUCUACUGACAAUUCAUCUGACCACCAUUGUGCUUCUGCUUUGAAUUAUGGCAACUAUGAAGGAGAUUUUGGCUGCAGUGUGCAGGAACUGAGAGAGCAGAUGGAGCUAAGAGGUGAAGAGGCAGUCACCCGCAUAAGGGAUACAUAUGGUGGAGUUCCUAACAUCUGUCGGAGGUUAAAGACCUCUCCUGUGGAAGGUUUGUCUGGGAAUCUUGCUGACUUGGAGAAGAGAAGGCAGGAGUUUGGAAAAAACUUCAUUCCUCCCAAAAAAUCCAAAACCUUUUUACAGCUUGUUUGGGAGGCCCUGCAAGAUGUCACCUUAAUCAUUCUUGAAAUCGCAGCCAUAAUAUCCCUUGGUUUGUCCUUCUACCAUCCUCCUGGGGGACACAAUGAAGCAUGUGGGGAAGCUUCAGCAGGCGUGGAGGAUGAGGGCGAGUCACAAGCUGGUUGGAUUGAGGGAGCUGCAAUCUUAUUCUCUGUCAUCAUUGUGGUUUUGGUAACGGCAUUUAAUGACUGGAGUAAGGAGAAGCAGUUCCGGGGCCUCCAGACUCGCAUUGAGCAGGAGCAGAAGUUUACUGUUAUCCGAAAAGGACAAGUUAUCCAGAUUCCUGUGGCAGAAUUGGUCGUGGGAGACAUAGCACAAAUCAAAUAUGGUGAUCUCUUACCUGCAGAUGGAAUCUUAAUUCAAGGCAAUGAUCUGAAAAUUGAUGAAAGUUCAUUAACUGGAGAAAGUGACCAGGUCAAAAAAUCUCUUGAGAAGGACCCCAUGUUGCUGUCUGGUACACACGUGAUGGAAGGAUCUGGGCGUAUGGUGAUCAGUGCAGUCGGUGUCAACUCACAAACAGGCAUUAUAUUCACCCUUUUGGGGGCAGAAAGUGAGGAUCAAGAAAAGGCGUCUAAAAAAGCAAAAACACAAGAUGGCGUGGCCUUGGAAAUACAACCAUUAAAAUAUGAGGCUGGUGGAGAAAGCGAGGAAAAAGAGAAGAAAGUCGUCAAAGGGCCAAAGAAGGAAAAGUCUGUUUUGCAGGGAAAGUUGACCCGGCUUGCUGUGCAGAUUGGAAAAGCAGGUCUAAUCAUGUCUGGCAUAACAGUGAUCAUCCUGGUGCUUUUCUUUGUUAUUCACACUUUUGGUGUAAAGGGACAACCAUGGCUUGCAGAAUGUACUCCAAUCUAUAUCCAGUAUUUUGUAAAGUUUUUCAUUAUUGGUGUCACUGUGUUGGUGGUUGCUGUUCCCGAGGGACUCCCUCUUGCAGUCACUAUAUCUCUUGCUUAUUCUGUCAAGAAAAUGAUGAAAGACAAUAACUUAGUACGACACUUGGAUGCAUGUGAAACUAUGGGUAAUGCUACAGCCAUCUGCUCUGACAAGACUGGAACAUUAACUAUGAAUCGAAUGACUGUAGUUCAAGCUUAUGUAGGUGGUACCCACUACCGACAAGUUCCUGAUCCUGAGGCUCUGAACCCUAAAAUUCUGGAACUGCUAAUCAAUGGAAUUUCAAUCAACUCUGCAUACACAUCAAAAAUAUUGCCUCCAGAAAAAGAAGGUGGUCUUCCUAGGCAGGUGGGUAACAAGACGGAGUGUUCUCUGCUGGGAUUUGUGUUGGACCUAAAGCAAGAUUACCAAGCUGUACGCAAUGAGAUACCAGAGGAGAAGCUCUACAAGGUUUAUACAUUCAAUUCAGUGCGCAAAUCCAUGAGCACUGUAGUUGGCGAUCUUGGAGGAGGAUUCCGUAUGUACAGUAAAGGCGCCUCAGAAAUCAUUAUGCGCAAAUGUACAAAGAUUUUGGAUCACGAAGGGGAGGUGUGCCCAUUUAAACCUAGAGAUCGUGAUGAGAUGGUAAAGAAAGUGAUCGAACCAAUGGCAUGUGAAGGACUGCGGACAAUUUGCUUAGCAUAUUGUGAAUUCCCAGCCGGGACAGAACCUGAAUGGGAUAAUGAAUCUGACAUUUUGUCUAACCUUACUUGUAUUGCUGUGGUGGGCAUUGAAGACCCUGUUCGGCCAGAGGUUCCUGAGGCUAUCCUGAAGUGCCAGCGAGCAGGGAUCACAGUACGCAUGGUAACUGGUGACAACAUAAAUACAGCUCGUGCCAUUGCAACAAAGUGUAGCAUCCUUCAACCUGGUGAAGACUUCUUGUGCCUUGAAGGCAAAGAGUUUAACACAUUAAUUCGAAAUGAAAAAGGAGAGGUAGAACAAGAGAAGUUGGACCAAGUGUGGCCAAGACUCCGGGUGCUGGCUAGAUCAUCCCCUACUGACAAACAUACAUUAGUAAAAGGCAUUAUUGACAGCACAGUGACGGAACGUAGACAGGUAGUAGCUGUAACAGGAGAUGGAACAAAUGAUGGACCAGCAUUAAAGAAAGCUGAUGUGGGAUUUGCAAUGGGUAUAGCUGGAACAGAUGUGGCAAAGGAAGCUUCAGACAUUAUCUUAACAGAUGAUAAUUUCACCAGCAUUGUGAAGGCUGUCAUGUGGGGUCGCAAUGUGUAUGACAGCAUUUCCAAAUUUCUCCAAUUCCAGCUGACUGUAAAUGUGGUUGCAGUAAUUGUGGCCUUUACUGGGGCCUGUAUCACUCAGGACUCUCCUUUAAAAGCCGUGCAGAUGCUGUGGGUCAACUUGAUCAUGGACACAUUUGCUUCUCUUGCACUAGCCACGGAACCCCCUAUGGAAUCACUACUUCUGCGUAGACCAUAUGGACGUAACAAACCACUUAUCUCGCGCACCAUGAUGAAAAACAUACUGGGGCAUGCUGUAUAUCAACUGACUAUCAUCUUCACUCUGCUCUUUGCAGGUGAAACAUUUUUUGACAUUGACAGUGGAAGAAAUGCUCCCUUGCACUCUCCUCCUUCAGAGCAUUAUACUAUUGUUUUCAACACCUUUGUUAUGAUGCAACUUUUCAAUGAAAUCAAUGCACGCAAAAUCCAUGGAGAACGCAAUGUCUUUGAGAACAUCUUUAAGAAUCCUAUCUUUUGUGCAGUGGUCGUGGGGACCUUUGCAGCACAGAUAGUGAUUGUGGAAUUUGGAGGAAAGCCAUUCAGUUGUUCCAGUCUUACUCUGGCCCAGUGGUUCUGGUGCAUCUUCAUUGGAAUUGGGGAAUUAUUGUGGGGUCAGUUUAUCUGUUCAGUUCCUACAAGUCGACUUAAGUUCUUAAAAGAGGCAGGACAUGGAGCAAUGAAAGAAAAUAUUCAACAGGAGCAAUUCGCAGAGGAUGAGGAUGAAAUUGAUCAUGGAGAAAUGGAGCUCAGGAGAGGACAGGUCUUGUGGUUUAGAGGUUUGAAUCGGAUACAAACUCAGAUGGACGUAGUUUAUACAUUCCAGACGGGCGGUACCUCUUUACAAGGGGCUCUGAGGCGUCAGCCUUCCACCAUAAGCCAGCACAUCGAUGCUAAACAUGUCUCUAGUCCAACACAUAUUAAAGUGGUUAAUGCUUUCCGCAGUUCCCUGUAUGAGGGGCUUGAGAAGCCAAAGGCUCGCAAUGCUAUUCAUAACUUCAUGACCCAUCCGGAGUUCACACCACAGGUGGCAAGGUCUAACCCCCAACCAAUGGACAGUGACAGUGAGGGUGAGGAAUCUCUGAGUCUUCUGAAGGGACACAAUGAACAAGCAUACAACCACAAUAACAACUCAUCUGCUGACUCAUUCCCGUUGGACAUCAGAGUGUUAUCGCCUGAGAAAACUCUGCAUAGCUUGGAAACCUCCAAGUAA